CGCUGCGCUGUAGUCUGUCAGUUUAGUAUAGCAAAGAAAUACUGAACCCACAGUUUUAACGAACCGCGAUAAUAAACGAACGAAGGUUUUUGAAAUGAUUAACUUUAACAUAUAAUUUUAACAUUUAGUAGUUAUUGUGUCAUCUGUUGAACUGCUUCGUUGUGAUAAGUGCUUUAUGGUGUGUAGUGUAGUGCGCUUCGGAGUCCCGUUGGCCGGUAUUUUACCAAAUGAUAUGAAGCAUUGGAGUUUAAAAUGCGGAGACAUGACUUCGCAGAAUAUUGUCUGAUGUUUUCACGAUGACAGAGUGACAGGCAAUGUCGCAGUCUGCGCUAGGCUUGGGAGGUGAGCGGCGCUAUUCUGUGCCCUCUAACCCCAUGAUGCAUGAUCCACGAGGAAUGCACUCUGAAGAUUUACAUGCUUGGUCUAUUUACAGGCAAAACCUAAAUUCCGAUUUCACUGACAGUGCUCUCGGUAGCACUGACAAAAGUCCUCUGCCAUAUGGAAAUUUCCAGCUCCGUGAUACAACAGUUCAAUCCAUCCUUUCUCACCCUAGAUAUGGACCCAAAUCAGCUCUCGGUUCUAAUAUGUACACAUACCUUAAGUUCGGUUUGCCCCGUGUAUUUCCGCCUAACCACAAUGGCUCUCAACGUUCUGGAACUCCGAAACCAAAAACAUCUAUUGGAAGUGGCAUGAAAUCUGUUCCGAGAAUACAAAGACAGACCCGCGGUGUGCGUGAAACAUCGUCUGGCUACGAUAGCUCGGACAACGAAACUUCAACUAAUUAUAAAUAUAGCCGUAAAUAUCGUUCUGACCCUGACUUCAGAAUGCAAAAUCUUCACACUUCGUAUCAGCACGCCACUGGGGUUCCUUUGGUCGCAAUGCAACAGGCCGGCAUACGUGGGGAGUCACAUUGGAGCAACUCAAGACAUAAAUCAAUCAGUGAAGCAAACUUGUUAGGAAUCGACUCCAAGCCCACCCGAUCGUAUAAUAGAAGGAACAGUGUUGCGGAUUUUGUACCAGACAACGACCAUCAAAGCUACCUCAUGCCAUCCUCUCACCUCGGCGGACGAAUGUCAAAAGCUGGAAGUCACAUGUCGAUAGCGCAAUCACGAAAGCAUUCCACUUUACGACCUGGAGACCAUCUAGACGGCUACACGCAUUCCGCGUACAUCUAUCCUAAUUAUUACGUAAACAAUUUAGAAAUAACAUCACCUGAGAACAAAUCGACAUUACUCGUGUCAGGAUUAAGUUUUGAAGUAAAAUCUGGAGAAAUUUUAGCAGUUUUGGCAACAUCGCAGCAAGAAGCCACUGGUUUGCUGGAUGUUUUAGCAGGCGCUAGAAAGAAACUGUCGGGCGACAUAGUGCUGAACGGUCAGGCGGUGGCGUCGUCCACCCUGCGGCGCGUGUCGGCGUACGUGCGCAGCGACACGUCGCUGUGCGCGGCCAUGACGGUGGAGCACACGCUGCGCUUCCACGCCGCACUGCGCCGCCCCAGGCACAACCACAACCAAAUGAAGAUGGACGACAGGGAUCGGAUAAAUCUCUUGAUAGAAGAGUUAGGAUUAGAACAAGUACGCGACACAAAUGUUGUUCGUCUAACUCGUUCUGAGAUCCGUCGCUUGAAUGUCGCUUGUCAAUUACUACUCGAUAUGGCGAUAUUAAUUCUCGAUCAACCUACGAAAGAAAUGGACAUUUUCGAUACCUUUUUCUUAGUGGAGUAUUUGAGGAACUGGGCGAGUUCAGGCCGUGUUGUUAUUAUGUCCUUGCAUCCGCCUACCUAUGAAAUAUUCGCUAUGCUCACUAAAGUAGUUUUAAUCUCAGCCGGCCGUACGAUGUUUAGCGGUUAUAGAAGAGACAUGUUGCCAUAUUUUGCCUCCAUUGAUUACCCAUGUCCCGCUUUCAAGAACCCCUCUGAUUACUAUCUGGACCUAGUGACGCUAGACGAUCUGUCCGCCGCCGCCAUGCUGGAGUCGUCGGGCCGCAUCGAGGCGCUGGCGGGCGUGUUCGCGGGCGCGCAGAGCGCUCCCGAGCCGCCGCCGCCCGUGCCGCUCCCCGCGCCCGCCGCCCGCCCUAACGUACUCCUGCAGGCCUUCGCGCUCAUCGAAAAAAGUUUGCUGUACACGCAAAUGACGACAUUGUCGAACGUUAUAACUCGAAUAUUAAUAGCAGCCGUCAUGUCUCUUAUCACUGGCACUAUUUUCUGGGACCUACCGUCAACAGAUGCAAAGCUGAGCCAGCACGACCGCGUGGGCUACCACUACAGCGUGAUGUGCGUGUGCGCGUGGCCCGCGCUGCUGUGGCUGAGCGCGCGCGAGGCGGGCGCGGCGCGCGCGCACGUGGAGCGCGACGUCGCCGUCGGCCUCUACUCGCGCACCGUCUUCGUGCUGGUCGAUCAAUUUUUGGAAGUUUGGUCGGCCAUACUGACGUGGUUGGCAUAUUUGGUUCCGAGCUAUGCUAUGAGCGGCUUGUAUGCACAGUCACUUGGAUCUUUCGACGGCUUCUAUAUUUAUUUAGGGUAUAUGCUGUUAUAUUUAAUAAGCAUACAAAUGCUGUGUCGAGCGGCUAUAUUUUUAAUACCGAUGCAAAAAACCGCGUCAAUUCUGUCUGGUUUCUGUCUGUUUCUCACCACUCUUGUAAAUGGAGUAAUGUUACACCAACAAGAUCUACCAUACUAUGUCAAAUGGUUAGAAUACGUGUCCCCGUCAAAAUGGACGCUACCGGAGAUUCUGAGACGGGAAUUGAGUGAAGUCGCAUUGAGAAGCAGUAUUAGUAAAGAUUUAAGAUGCACUAAUAAACAGAGGCAGCAUUUAGACAUCAUAGUGCAAUCUCCAUGUCCUCCGCCAAACGGUACACAAGUUUUAUCAAAUUAUGAAUACCUGAGGUCUAACAACAUCUGGGAAUGGACAGAAGAUAGUUUUUUGAUUGCUUUAGCUAUUUUCUACGCUGUUUUCGCUCUAGUCGCCAUGUUUGCUUUUGUCUUUGAUUGCACGAAAUAUGUCAAAACCAAGGAAAGAGCCUCUAGACGAGGUCAUAAAGUAACUGUCAAUACGCCUUAAAAAUGUCGGUGCUUAAUUUUAUUUGUAUUUUUCGCCAUGUUUGGUGCUAAAUUAUGUGUUAGUGAUUUAUUCUUUACUAUCAAUAAUCAAUUAUAUAUAUUAUUGAACUAGUGUCAUAAGAUUUCGAUGUGUGUAACAUUGUCACAGUUUUAUUGCAUUUCUCCUUUUAUAUUGCAUCAAAGAUAUUUUGCCUUAAUACUUAAAUAUGUAUAGCAUGUUGUAUGUUUAAAAAAAGGAGAUUUUUGUAAGGUAAGCUUGAUUGGAAAAUUCAAUGCAAUUAGGUAAUAAUUAAUUUUAAAAUAAUUAUAAUAAAUGUACAAAAGAUAUUAUUACUAACAAAAGAAUUUAAAUUUUAGAUAUAAUUCAAUGAAGAAGGCUGAAUAUUACGAUGUCUUCCGUCCUUUAAUAAACGCAGGUUAAGUUUGCCUUAUUUAAUUCAUAAUGAUGUUGUAUAAAAUCUAUGUACUAUAAGAUAAAUGGUGUCUACUUAAUUUAAGACUUAUAUCACAAUUUUAGGCCUAAGUUUUUUUAUAUACCUUAUAUUAUAAAAAGAUACUAGGUCGGAAAUCUAUAGCCUACUUUUAAUUGGCUUUCUAUUUACCGUUUAAUGGGUAAGGUAUGAAAUUAUACUGGUGGUAGGGCUUUGUGCAAGCUCGUCUGGGUAGGUACCACCCACUCAUCAGAUAUUCUACCGCAAAACAGCAAUACUUGAUAUUGUUGUGUUCCGGUUUGAAGGGUGAGUGAGCCAGUGUAAUUACAGGCACAAGGGACAUAAAAUCUUAGUUCCCAAGGUUGGUGGCGCAUUGGAUAUGUAAGCGAUGGUUGACAUUUCUUACAAUGCUAAUGUCUAAGAGCGUUGGUUACCACUUACCAUCAGGUGGCCCAUAUGCUCGUCCGCCUUCCUAUUCUAUAAAAAAAAAAGAUUAAGCCUAUCUCUAUAAUGCUCUUACUGUACAUCUUAUAAUGGAUAAGAUGAAAUUUUCACCAUAACUGUCAUUUAUUCUUCUUUAAUAUGUUGUACUGUUUCAAAUAAGAACAUGUACAACAUAUUAUGAAGACAUGAAAACUUUUUACUUUUUUUUACUAAAUUUGAUUGGUUUAAUUUUUCUCACUGAUAUUUUAACAAAUGAUGAUAGGUUUAAUUAAAAAAGUUUUUCGAUUAUUAGAUAUUUCAAAUGCAAUUAGUCAGAAUUGUAAUCUUAAUUUGUCUUCUGCUUCAACUCUGCAUCAAAUAUAUACUGCGAUCAGGAAUAUAAUAAUUUAGGCGGGAAAGCAUGAUUUAAAUUUAUCUUUAAUAAUAAGUCUACGAUGCAUUGUGAGAUAGAAUUUAUAUUUAGAAAAAUAUCAAUUUUUAACACUGCCGUUGGAUAAUGCUCACAAAAUGAUUGAUGCCUAUUUUUUUUAUUAACAUCUAUUUUUUUAUUUUGAUUCCAGUGAUUUUUGUAAGUUUAAUCAUAAAGUCAAUUAUUCAUUAAUUUAUGAAUAAAACUUUUUGAUAGAAAAAGUACUUAAAUAAGAUUAUGAACGAGGAGCCAUAAUAUUAGAAAAUAUUGUUAAGUUACCUUUGCUUAGAAUGAUUGAGAAAUGUCAAAUAAAGAUAGAUGUAACAGUGUAAAA